AUGGGCAAAAAUUAUUUCAUUGAUUAUAUAGCACUUGUGAGCAGGUGCUGGUUUCCUGAAUGGAAUACAGUUGGGGAGGUUCGGGGCAUGCCAGCUUUCCCAAAUGCCGCUAGAGACUUAAUAUUCAUAGUAUCGUUAUUGCUACGUUGCACCAGUGAGAGGACAGUAGCCCUGUGCAACACCUACCCUGGGGAGGUUCCGACAAGUACAAAAGUCACCCUUCAAUGCAAUGCCAACCUGCCUGCCUAUCGUUACAUCAUUGCUCACCAAGCUGUAGGGGCAUUCGAUGGAUAUUUUAGUUUUUGUGACUGGAAGCUUAUGAGCCGAUCUUUUUUCCACCAAACAAACUGCAUCAAAUUGGGAGAGUACUUGUGCGAUUCGUUCAAUUUCAACGAGCAACUGAACAUUUGCCAGCUGAACAAGCACAGGAAUGGAUAUCUUAAUGGGAGUUUGAUUACUAAUACUUCAUGCUCUUUCUGGGUGUCCCACUAUUAUUACUAUGGUAAUGUUUAA